CUUCGAUGCUACACCGUCGUCUCUCCAGAUCGUGGGCAGAUUUCCAUGGCGAAUGGAGAGUGGAGCUGUUGCGUCCUGGCGUUGAGAUUGUUCAUGCAUAUCACUGUUGCUGUCACUCGGCUUUCCCGAAUCAUGGAUCGCACCGAUGGAGAUGAUCAUGAAGGAGGCAGUGUCGUAGGCUUCGAAGUACCAAGGUCGCCCGAUUCAAGCUACAACAACCCGAUACCGGGAAAUGAAGAUGAAGCUCGAGAGCCUCCACUUGUUCCUCCUCAUCUGCACCAUACCUUGCUGAACUACCCCCACGGCCAAGACGAUCCAAGCAGUCUUUCCAUGCCUCAAAAUGUGAUCCUGAAUCACCUCUACAUAGGGAACCAAGAUGGCCCGAGAUCUGUUGUAGCUCUAGGGAUCACCCACCGUGUCCGGUCAAAGUACGUUACAGUUGUGCUCUACAAGCCAGUCCAGAGAAGGUGAACUCCAUUUUCUUUUGUCGAUUGGGUUAAUAUUCAUGAGAGCCUGACUGCUGUGGCUGUGACCAAACUGACAAAGUGGAAACCCAUUCUACAAUUACUCAUCUGCAUAAAUGGAUCUGAUUCUCCUUAUCA